CAAUGUGUUAUGCGUUUGUCUGGUCAAAUAGCCCGUUAACACAAACACUUGUAAGCGAGCCAGCCUUUGGUUGGAAGUUAUGUUUAAACGUAAACGCAGGCUGAGCUGUGCCAAGCUGUUCUGCCUAACUCGGCAUUUCUAGUUAGACUAGCCAGGGGCUGACUUGGGUCAGGUGUAUCAUAUAAAUGCUAUCCAUGCUGAGAUGAGAGCUGCUAAUGCUCAAUUAGUCGACUGGUGGUAGAUCUACUCCUCAUGUACAAAUGAGAUGUCAUCUCAUAAACUUCCUUCACAUUUCUUGAUUUGAUGUUGUAAGGCCAUAGAGAAUAAAAUGUGAGCAGCUUGGUCUUUGUCCAUUGAGAUUGUAAGCUAACAUGAACAGGGUUGAUCUCAAGGAGAUAACACAUGCUAACAAUAUGCCCAUCAGAAGGACUGACUUGCUUGUAAAGAUUGUGUUAUGUAAAUGUGGGCUGGCAUGCUAGGCAGGCACAGGAUUGGGGCAGGAUCAGCUCACUAUACACACAUGUGCUCAUGUAAACACAGUAUUAGUAGUUGUUAUUUGACUGACUGAUUUGUAUAUCAUGUGAGUAUGUUAUUAUGAUUGCAUUUGAUGUUGUUUGGUUGUCUUGUCUUGUCUAGGCUACGGUACAGUUGCAAGGAGCUAAACAAAGUUACAAGUUGCAACUCACACACUUAGAAUCGGAACUCAAUCACUAAAGGCAGUCUCAGACGAGUAUGAAAGUGCAAUCUUCACUACACAAAACAGAACUAGAGCAGGUCCAGUUGAUGGCUCACAAUCAAACUAAGAAAGCACAACAAGCUAUACAGGUGUGUUGUGUGACAGUUGCUAAGCUUGCCAAUCAGGCUGAAGUCGAUCAGUCAUCAUAUAUUGAUAAUAUUGCGAGGUUAACAACCCAGCUGCAGAUAGAACGAAAUCUGGCAUCAUCAACUGCACAGAAAUAUGAGCAAUUAAAGGUGAGUAGUGCAAAACGUUGUAGAGAGUUAGCAGAAGAAGUUACACAUCUGAGAUCAUUACAUACAUCUAGAGAUCAAAUUAACCAAUGAUUCCAAGAUUCAAUUUAGACAAAGAUUGAUGGUCGAUUUAUACAAGUA